ACCCAUGUAUAAAAAAAGUAAUGAAAUCAGAGAUUGUUUUGAUAAAAAAAUAAUCACAAAAUCAAAUUGUUACGAUUAAAAAUAAGAACACAAAAAAAAACCCUACACGAAGAGCCUCUUCAUCCAUUUUUUGGCAGAAGCCGGACAGAGGUUAGACGGGUUCGGGUUUGUAAGGGACGGGGCUUUAGGGUCAAACUCUAGUAAUUCUUUCUGAUGUGGAAGAUCGGACUUAGCCGCAACCACAGAGCAUACUUAGAACGAGAAUAGAGCGGAUAAAUUGAGGGAGAAAGAAGUGAAAUGGUUGUGUGUGAGUUGUAAGUGGGGGGAAUGGUCUAUUUAUAGUUGGCGGAAGGGAUCAGCCGAAGAAAACUGGGGAGAAUUCACCGCCUCCCUCAGAAACGGUAAAGUGACCGCGUUACUCAAGGACGGUGAAAGGGCGCGGAUCGAGCGACGUGACUUAGCGUGAGGCGUCGGAUCUGGGAAGAAAACCAUGAUCCGCGCCUCACCGCAUCCGACAGCCACGGUGAACGCGUCAGCGACGCGGAUCGCUGACCCAAACAAACACGGGGUAUUCACCGUGUUUGUUUAACGCGGUGAAUACACCGCGUUUGUCCACAUCAACGAUCCGCUUCGCUUCAUCGUGGCCAAUCACUGCUGUUUAAAUGUCACCGCUUUUAAUUAAAACGGUGACUGGUUCACCGUGUCCUUCUAAAACGGUGAUUGCCUUGCUGGUUGUUCACCAUUUUAGAUGAAGACGGUGAACACGUCACCGUUUUUUUUAAACGGUGAAUUAUUCACCGUGUUUGACAAAGGCGGUGAUUAUAUUCACUGCGUUUGUCAAAAACGGUGAAUGCCAAACAUGUGUAUUUUGAGAAAUUUUUUUAUAACUUAUGUAUUUUGAGAAAUUUUUUUAAGGACAUGUGUACAGUGGGAUUUUUUCCGAUCCUUCUUGGGACAUGGAAGAUCUCUUACAACACUAAGCCCUAAUCCACCUAGGGGAGUGGCGAACCGCCUUGUUUUGGGCCAUAGAGAGGCCCUUUUAAUGGGUUUGGUUGGGCUUGGGAGUCGGAUGGAAGCAGUGCCCACUUUGAACUGGAAAGCGAGCGAGCGCCUGCAGUCUGCAGCAUAGUCGGGGUUCAGCGGCUACAGUUUCUGAUUUGCAGAGACCAAACAGAGCUUUGAGCUGACGGAGCUCUAGGUCGAGAUAAUCCUUGGCGGCCGUCCGGCCAUUUUUAGUUCAAGUUUGCAAUAACGACCGACAGUAGUCGCUAACCUACACCUGUAGGAAGUGAGUCAGUCUAGUGACGGUCUCGCACGCACACUGAUAAAAUCCAAUCAAAUCUGGGAUUUCCUCCUACCGGAGAAGAAGAGGAAGAAGUAUGAGAGUAGCAGCAUCUGCAGUGACACCAGCAGCGGCAGCAGCUGUGCUGCUGUUGGGAUUGCUGUAUUUGGGGAGAUCAGCUGCCGUGCCGCAGAACCCAUUCUUCGGAAUCCCUCCUCAGGAUGAGAGCUACUACAAGGCAUCCGGAAAAAUCAUAAAAUGUAGAGACGGAUCCAGCACCUUCACCACAGCUCAACUCAACGAUGAUUUUUGCGAUUGCCCUGAUGCCACCGAUGAACCUGGCACAUCAGCCUGUCCUGGUGGGAAGUUCUACUGUCCAAAUGCCGGACAUACUCCGGUUUACUUAUUCUCUUCACGAGUCAAUGAUGGUUUUUGCGAUUGCUGUGAUGGGAGUGACGAAUAUGAUGGCCAAGUCAAAUGCACGAACAAAUGUUGGGAGGCUGGAAAAGCAGCUAGGGAUAAACUGAAGAAAAGGAUUGCUACUUAUAAAGAGGGGGCGACUUAUAGAAAGCAGGAAAUUGAGCAAGCAAAGAUAGCAUUUGCCAAAGAUGAGGCGGAGUUAACAAAGCUUCAAAACGAGGGGAGUGUACUGAAAGGCCUUGUUCAGCAACUAAAAGACCGAAAGGAACAAAUCGAGAAAGCGGAAGAGAGAGAACGGCUGCAGAAAGAAAAGGAAGAAAAGGAAAAAAAAGAAGCAGAAGAAAAGGCUCUCGGAGAGAAGAGUGGAGAUUGGGAUAAAGAAGCUGAGCAGAAGAAAUUGGAUGGUGCAGAGAAAGGCUCACAGAGUUCAGGUGACGAGAGAUUUGGCAUCUUGGAUGAUUCUGCUGAGCAGGUAGAUUAGUUUGCUGUUUGCUUCGCAGUUGGAUUGUGCAAUCUGUUCUUUCUGCAUGCAUCUUGCUCUCUUAUUGUAGAAUUGGGACUUAGUUGUUUGAGAUAGGGGCCGGUAACUAUGGAUGCACCGUAGGUAACUCUGAAUGUGCAAUCUCUUCUUUCUAUGAGCAUGCUCAUUAUUCUCCUUGUUCAAAUAGGAUUUCUCACCUGUCUGCUAAUCGUGGUGUUCUAUAAAAGCAAGUAUACUUCUUGCCACUAAAUGAGUCAAUUUCAUGAAUCUUCAUUGUCAUCCUCCUCUACCAUGAACAUCAUUCACAUACCCUUUGACUGAGGAAAUAUAACUUUUUUCUCAAGAGUCUGAGACUCUACCUUCUUUUAGCUUCUCAAACCUUCUUUAAGCUUGUCUACUUAUUCAUGGUUCUAUAUUUUCAGUUUUUUUUUUCCACUUUUCCCCUCAUCCCUCUCGUACUCAUCACCAAAGGGGAUUACUGGUUACUUAGUAACAUACAUUAUAAAUUUUCCUUGGUAAU